UAAAUUCAUCCGCUGAGAACUUCCUCCUCCGUCUGUUCACUCUCUGUCUCAGUGGACGCUGUGUUUGGACUGUUCAGGGUCAGAUUGUGUCCUCUGGAGGACUCCAGGUGAGACAGUUUAUUACUCUAAUGAAUCAGUAAGACUCACUGAGCUGUUGGGAUAUUAAAGACCUGAUGUUUGACGUUGGGGAUCAGCUGUGAUGGCAGAAGCAGAACCAGAGAGGGACACUGGAGACCUGACUGAGACCAACCUGACGGCUCUGGAUCCAGAUGAGCCUCCGAGUUGCUCCAGUUUGACCACGAAGGAGCUGCAGCAGAACUGGAGGGCAGCGAAGAAGAGAGAGCGACCCGUCAGGCUGCUGUUUGAAAUCCCAUCGACUCGAAUCAUCGAACACAGUCUGUCCAGAUAUGUGGUGUACGAGGUCGUGCUGAUGCGUUCUGGCAGCUUUGAUUCCCGCCGUGUGUCCGUGGAGCGCCGUUACAGCGACUUCUCACGCUUCCACCACAGACUGCUGGAGGAGUUCAACGAGGAGCUGGAGGAGGUGCUUCUCCCCAGAAAACUCCUGACUGGGAAUUUCAGCCCAGAGCUCAUCUCGGAGCGCCGCCUCUCUCUGCAGGACUACCUGGCUAAACUGUACGCCGUCCGCUGUGUGCGACACUCACCGCUGUUCCCCACAUUCUUCACUGAGCACGAGCAGAAACGGGCGCACAGUUUGCUGCGAGCGGGACAGUUUGGGCCGGCCGUGGAGCAGCUGCAGACCGUCUUAGAGACCGAGGAGAAGCUGCUGCCGUGGCAGAAGCCCACCCUGAUCGUACCGACCCUCUCUGCCCUGGCGGUCUGUUACCGGGACCUGGACGACCCGGAGCAGGCGUUUGCAGCCGCUCAGAGAGCGCUGCCUCCAGUGAGACGCUACGGACAGAAACACUACAGAGCGGCGCUGCUGGAGCUGCUGGUGGAUUUAGGCUACCAGCUGGGACGUCCUGUGGCUCAGUUACAGGAGGAGCUGACUGUCCUCAGAGACGCUGAGAGGGGGGAGGUGUCCUCACGCUCUCUGAAGGAGUUAGUGAUCCACGAGUUCACCUGAGAACAGGUGACAGUGGAGUACCUGACCUCCGACCUGCAGGGCGGAGUUCCAGCAGUUAAUCCCACCCACUGCUGUCUGAUUGGUUUAACUGGUGAAUGUGGGCGGUGUUAAAUGUUGAUUGGAUAGCAGCUAGCUUAGCUAGCAGCCCAGGGUGAGCUAUUCUGGCUAACUGAGCUAAAGGCAGCAACUGGUGGAGACAGACGACCACCCACCUAGAGCCGGAGGAUCUGUCCUAGGUUUCUGCCUUUUAACAGGCAGUGUUUCCUUGCCCUUGUCUCCAAGGUCUUGCUCAUGGUGGUACUGUUGGGUCUCUGUAAUUAAUGUUAAAGAGUUCGGUCUAGACCUGCUCUAUUUGAAAAGUGUCCUGAGAUAACUUCUGUUAUGAAUUGGCGCUAUACAAAUAAAAUUGAAUUGAAUUGAUCCAGUUUCACCAAAA